CGGGCGACCUGCGAACACGCCGUACAGAGCCGAUACCGCCGGAUUUUUAUUAUUAUAAUAAUAAUAAUAAUAUUAUUUUAAACGCAUUAAAUAAUAAUAAUAUAUCGUACGUUACGCGAUUCGCCGUGUUCGCGCCGCACUCCGAUCGCGGUGUAUAAGACUACGCGUUUAAUGCGCUUAUAUUGUAGUGUAUAUUUCAGUAUAUAAUCGUCGUCAUCAUUCUUAGACGUAUACAAUAUCUCUGUAUACGCGCGCACCGCAGCACGCCGGCCGUUUUGUAUUAUUAUUAUAUAUACUACGUUAUAUUAUUGUUGUAGAGACAAUCGUAAGCCCGCACUCGCACCGGUUUUUGCUCGUCUUCGUUUGUCGCGGGCCGAUUUUAUAGUAGCAGUUGUAACGUAUAAAAACGAACAAACGCGACAAAUACUAAAUACGACUAUUAAAUUUAAAUUAAAAAUUUUUAAAAAAAAAAUACGAUUCGGUCGUGCGAAUAGGUUUUUUACGCGGUUCUACUAGCGCGGUUGGGCUGUUGCGAAAAUAACAAUUCCUCGUCGCACGCGAUGCGUUGACCGAGACACCACCGGUGUCGGCAAACGAACGUCUUCGGCGCGUUUCAUCGUACUGCACAGCGACGACGUCCGUACACAUUUUUCGAUACGUCGACUGUCUGUACGGAAACCACUCGUCGACAUCGCGGUCCGGAGAACUGGGCGCCGCAACACCGCACGACCAGCAAACGAUUGAUGCGCAACGGGCAGUGCGUCGCUGCACCGAGGAAAACAACACGCCAUCAUGGUGCACACGGGAUCUUGUGGCGACCGACUGCACGACAUACUGGUCAGCUAUUUGCCGAUACUCACGUGGAUGCCCAAAUACAAGAAGUCGGACUUGCUGUACGACGCCGUGUCGGGUAUCACGGUCGCGCUCACGCUGAUGCCUCAGUCCAUAGCGUACGCGUCGCUGGCGGGACUGGAUCCACUCUUUGGAUUGUAUGCUGCAUGCUUCGGUAGCGUGAUGUACAUAAUAUUUGGAUCAGUACGGCAAAUUACUAUCGGUCCUGCGUCCGUCGUUGCAUUGCUCACGUUCAACUACGUCAAUCCAGCGUUACCAACCACGGCGGUAAUUCUCUGUUUCGUGUCUGGAAUUGUCGAGCUCAUAUGUGGACUUUUGCGCUUAGGAUUCGUCGUGGAAUUCGUUUCGAUGCCAGUGACGGGUGGAUUUACAUCGGCGGCGGCUAUUAUCAUGGCAUCGUCGCAGUUGAAAGGAUUGUUCGGCAUUUCAUUUGACGCCAAAAACUGUAUGGAAAUGUGGAUAAAGUUUGUUGAAAACAUUGAACACUUUCGAAUAGCAGACACCGCUAUGGGACUGAUAUGUAUAUUCGUACUGAUAGGACUUAAGAGCUUAAAAACAAUAAAAGUCAAUGCUAAAGGAAUGAAAGCAAAAACGUAUUCGGUGUUAUUGUUUUUAUUGACCACCGGAAGCAAUGUUCUCGUGGUCGUCGUAUCGUCGACAAUCGCAUAUUUUUCAAUUAGACAAGGCCAGUCGCCAUUGGUAUUGACAGGUAAUAUAGCUAGUGGGAUACCGCAAUUUCGGUUUCCGUUUUCGGACUACGAAGACGAAGACGAGAAGUUUACAUUUUUCGAAGGUCUGUCCAGGUUAUGGCCUGGUGCGAUAGUUGUUCCGUUGGUGUCAAUUUUGAGCACAGUGUCAGUCGCUAAGGCAUUCAGCGGUGGAAGAGUCGUCGAUGCAUCUCAAGAGAUGAUAGCGUUGGGUUUCUGUAAUAUUUUCAGCUCGUUUAUGGGAUCUAUGCCGGUUGCGGGAAGUAUGACCAGGUCAGCUCUUAACCAUACUACCGGUGUCCGUACAACGUUCAGUUCAAUAUUUACCACUAUACUAGGCAUGCUGUCGUUGUUGUUUUUGACUCCACUUCUCUAUUACAUACCCAAGUCUAGUUUGUCCGCUGUACUUAUAUGUGCGGUGACUUCAAUGUUUCGAUACGACAUGGUGAUUUCGUUGUGGAAAACCAACAGACGUGAUCUAAUACCGUUUUCCACCGCGUUCGUCGCAUGUUUGAUAUUCGACGUGGAACUGGGACUCCUGUUCGGCAUCUGUGUCGACUUGCUGUGCGUGCUCUAUCGCAGCGCCAGACCAUCGAUUUCUAUCGAAAAAGAAACUAACUCGGGUUACAUAAAAUGGGUGGUCAGGCCCAGCAGCGGACUACUAUUCCCAGCCGUAGACUACAUGCGACAGAGGGUCAUUGCCGAGAUGUCGUCUUCGGAACGCCCGAACAAACCGAAUCUCAUAGUUGUGGACUGCGCGCAUUUUGACAAGACCGAUUUCACGGCUGCCCAAGGAAUCAAAUCCUUGAUAAAUGAACUAAAAUCCGAGUCAUGUCAACUCGAACUGAUGAACGCCAAAGAAUGUGUAGCGGCUAUACUGGAAGCUACGCUAAACAUUAAAAUCUUAUCUAUGGCUCCGAUACAAGAUUCUACUAAGAAACUUAAUUUUAUUCAACCUGAUCUCAAUGGAAUUGAAUCGAUGACAUUACACGAGAUGAAAAUGAAAAAUAUCUGUGAACGUAAAGCGUGAUUGUUACUCUUAUUAUGUAAUUUUACUUUUGUAUACUAUAUAUUUAUAAACUUGUAAGUUACUAUAUAUUUUUUUUACUAUUUUACUAAUUGUUAACUUAAUAUUUAUAUUCUAGGAAUAUUUAUAAAUAAUGUAUAUUAUUAUAAAAUAUUGUGAAAAACUAAUAAAUGUUUUAUUAUUAUUUUUA